GCCAGGCUCCCAAGAGCUCCGGGAGCCCGAGACGGCCGCAGCCUUUACGCAGCUUGGUUUCCUGGCGCUGGGGGAGGGCGCAGCCGGGAAGUCCCAGAGCAGCGGUGUCAGGUUCUCCACGAAGGAGGGACUGGGCCAGAGUCCUCGCGAGGGCCCGAGGCGUGGUCCCCUAAGCUGGGCCGGAGCGCGGGCCGCUGACGCCACUGGGGUGAGGCUCGGUGCAUCCAAGGGGAGCUGCCCUCCGUGCGGGGAGACCUGGUCUGCGCGGCGGGCGUGCCAGUUCCCCGCACCCAUGGCAGCGGCCAGAGAGCCGGAGUUGCCGCAGGAAGCCCCCGCCACGGAACCCGCGCCCCCGCCGGCCUGCCGCUUCUUCCUGGAAGGCCGCUGCCGCUUCGGCGCCCGCUGCCGCCAGCCCCACCCUGGGGCGCCGGCGCCGCCUGGCCGCGAGGCGCAGCGGGAGGCCGGGGCCAAAAAGCCGCCGCUGCGCACAGCCGCGGACGUCAUCCAGCGCAUCCGCUGGGACCCGCGCCUCGACCCCGCCGACUUCUCGGUAGGCUACGUCGACCGCUUUCUGGGCGUGCGCGAGGAGCCCUUCAGCGCCUUUUGCUGGGACCAGCCGCUGGCGGCGCUCGGACCGGGCGUGCUGGCAGUGCCCCAGCACCGCGUGCGCUUCUUCCGCUUCCGCGGCCGCCUUGUGUGGGACCGCGCCUCGCGCACCGACCUCGUCUUUGGCUCUGGCUCGGCGGCGGGACGCGGGCCCACCAUCCUGGACGCACCGAACACCGAGGGCGCCCACGGGGCGGAGGGUGCCAAGUGGACACUGGCGGGGACAGGUCAGGAGGCCCAGCCUGCCCCCAAGCGAGGGAGCACAAGGCCGCUCUGCACAGGGCACCAGGAACCAGGCGAGGAGGAACCGGGAGAGCUAGAGGCGGCCCAGGAGAGGGCGCUGGGCACAGCUGCUGAUUUGGGAACACUGGCCCCAAGAGGACUCCUCGCAGGAGUGACUGAGGGGGCACUGAAGCCAACAGCAGCCGCCAGGACCACAUUGCUGGGGGGCAAGGAAGCACAGGCCCUGGCAGUCCCCGGGGGCUCCGCUGAGGAGACAGAUGCCGAGUGGGGUCAUGGGGCCUGGCCCGAGGACAAAGGGGCCCGCCUUAGUGUUGCAGCCCCUUGCCAACCGCGCCCCACACAUUUUGUGGCCCUCAUGGUGACCGAGCCUGGGCUACAAGCAGAAGUGACCAAAGCCCAGGAAUACCUGGUCCGCGUGGCCCCACACUGCGCCAACUUCCUAGUGCCUACCCAGAACCUACACCUGACCCUGGCCCUGCUGCGACUAGCAGGCGCUGGGGAGGAGGCGGCUGCCAUCAGAGCUCUGAGACGGGCCCUCUUGGCCCCAGGGCUAAAUGCACCCCCUCAGCUGAGCUUUAGGAAGCUGGUCCUCCUGGGCCCGCAUGUGCUUUGUGCCCCACCCUCUCCCACAUUGGAAGGCAUGGCACAGGUGCUGAGCCAGAGGCUGGAAGCUGAGGGGCUGAGUACGCUACAGUCUCCAGGGCAGCUGCACCCCCACCUCACCGUAGCCAAGGUGCCCCAUGGUUCCCAGGUCCACCUCCCCAAGCUGGAGUUCACCCUCAGCCAGGAAGUGGGGUGCCAGCCCCUGCAGACACUCUGGCUGUGCCGUAUGGGGAGGACAGGGGGGCCUUUCCAGCCCCUGGCUGAGAUCCCCCUGGAGUGACACCCCCAGACCUCUGGAGGAGACAAUGGAUGCAAACAGCCCACACAGGAAAGACAAAGCAGGAGCGUGCGCUCUCUCUCUCUCUCUUUAAUUUUGGUUUCUCUCAAGCUUCCAAAUGGUGCUCAGUGCUCCAAGGAAAGGAAGGAAGGAAGGAAAGGGAGGGGAGAGGAGGGGAAGGGGAGGCAGAGGAGGAACAUCUGGAAAAAAAGCAGCCUGACAGUCCAGCUGUUUGCAAACUCAUAGCACAUCCUCCAGUUACAUGGCAGAAGAGGGAGGGAGGGAGGGCCAAAAAGAAAAGGGAGAGGAGGAAGAAAAAUAACUUAAAUAAACACACACACAAAGAAAAGAGAAGGCAACAUGACGUGAGCUGGUGAUCCAUGAAGGCAGGGAGGGAGGGGAACCAUUUUACCUGUGCUGAACCAAGGGAGGAAUGCGGAGAGGAGGGAGGGAAAGGGGAAAAAAAAAUCAGAAGAAACAUUGGGGGCAGAGGGAGGAGGGGACACGGAGACAACUUUAUACAACUUGAGACGAGGCGGCCCGGCCGGCGUGUCCUCAGUGCGAUGUGGCGGCGGAGAAUCUGGUGCUGGUGGUGCUGGCACUUCAGGGUGGGGGGCCGAGGACGGGCACAGUCUCUAAGCAGCUCCCCUCACCCCAAACACGGAGGCCCCAAGGGGCUGGGAACAAGAGUCUGUGGCGAAGCAGGUGAGGCAGCGGGCGGUGGGCGGGCUUGCUGGGUGCCCCCGCCGCAGGUGGGCACGGGCUGGACGGCCUGUCUUCUUUCCACUGGCCCCCCGGCAUGGGAUGGGCCAGGGCGCCGGGUCAGGUACCGGAGUGCAAGCUCGAAAGAGAGAGAGAGAAAACACUGAGACA